GUCACGCGACGCUGUCAUUUUAUAGUUUUUAAUCGUGUCUCUCUGAUAGCGUGCAAAUUGUUGAGUAUUUUCUGUGCUUUCCGCAGUCGUCUUUGCCGAGAUCGUUUCGGAUUGUUAUCCUUCCGAACGGAUGCAAUAUUCGGCUGGGAGAUGAUCUGCACAUCCAAUAAUUUCUUGCAGAAUUGAAUCAUCGCUAAUUUCUGUACUAUUUAACUCUAGCAACCACUACGGGUUGCUAAUCCAAUUUUUCUUUGCUUGUUCAAUUUUCUUCCAGUCAUAAAACACAAAAUUUCUACUGCUGCACAGUGGCAUUCUCUUUUGCCCCGUAGCCUUUUCUGUUUUUUUUUAUUUUCCUUUUUUUGUGUUGACUAUUUCUGCCAAAAUUGACGAGGAAAAGCUGGAUUAUUCUAUCGUCUUCGAAGCGAUGGCUGACCGACUAACCCAGCUUCAGGACACGGUGAAUCAGCAAGCGGAACAUUUCUGUAACAGCAUCGGCAUCCUGCAGCAGUGCUCGGUUCCAAGUAAAUUUCCCGGUUUCGAACGAACCGGCUCUCAGACCCCUCAGCAAAAUCAACAAGAAGACUACGCACAACUGUUUUCCACGUUGAUCUCACGAUGUGCCAAGGACAUCGAUACCUUAAUCGAAUCUCUGCCCAGCGAGGAAAGUUCAAUUGAACAACAAGUGCAAGCUCUGAAACGGCUAGAAAUAGAAAACCAAGAGUCAGCUGAAAAACUAGAGGAAGUUGUGCGGAAGGGCGAACUGUUACUAGAAAAAAUUCAAGCUGCUCUAAGUGACAUCGCUCAGUCACAGCUUGAUAUGCAGUAUUCCUCUUCACCGAAGAAACAAUGAUCCAGUGCUAAAGCAACCGUUUUCACCUGACAUUCAAUGUACAAUGUGAACAACGAUUUAAGGCAGAAUAAACCCAUCAGAGGGAUUUCUUACAUCCAGUUUCCUUGUAUAAUUUCGUUCUGAUACGCACCGGUUCAAUAAGUGAUAUAUUUACACAUAAUGAAAACUAAUUGCAGCUUGAGCAUAAUUUGACUAAGUAGAAAUAUAAAAAAUACCACGUCAA